AUUUUCAUGACCCAUUUAUCAAACUAUGGAAAUGACCGCCUAGGGUUAUAUACCUUUGUGAACUUGGCCAAUUUUGUGCAGAGCUGGACCAACCUGAAAUUGCAAACUCUGCCUCCAGUGCAACUGGCCCACAAGUACUUUGAGCUCUUCCCUGAGCAGAAAGACCCUCUGUGGCAGAAUCCAUGUGAUGAUAAACGACACAAAGACAUCUGGUCCAGAGAGAAAACUUGUGACCACUUACCAAAAUUCCUGGUAAUUGGGCCACAAAAGACAGGAACGACUGCACUUUAUUUAUUUCUUCUAAUGCACCCUUCCAUCAUAAGCAAUCUCCCCAGUCCCAAAACGUUUGAAGAAGUUCAAUUCUUUAAUGGCAACAACUAUCACAAGGGAAUUGACUGGUAUAUGGACUUUUUUCCUACACCAUCCAACAUUACAAAUGACUUUCUGUUUGAAAAGAGUGCUAAUUACUUCCAUUCAGAGGAAGCUCCCAAGCGAGCUGCAUCUCUCCUCCCCAAAGCCAAAAUCAUCACCAUCCUCAUUGACCCCUCAGACAGAGCUUACUCAUGGUACCAGCACCAACGAUCACAUGAAGAUCCAGCUGCCCUGAGGUUUAAUUUCUAUGAAGUUAUUACAACCGGACAUUGGGCCCCAUCAGACUUAAAAACUUUGCAGAGAAGAUGCUUAGUACCUGGUUGGUAUGCAGUCCACAUAGAAAGAUGGCUAACUUACUUUGCUACUUCACAGUUGCUAAUUAUUGAUGGACAGCAGUUGAGAGCUGACCCAGCUACCGUGAUGGAUGAAGUUCAGAAGUUUCUGGGAGUGACACCUCAUUAUAACUACUCUGAAGCACUAACCUUUGAUCCCCAAAAGGGUUUUUGGUGUCAACUACUGGAAGGAGGAAAGACCAAAUGCCUUGGAAAAAGCAAAGGCAGAAAAUAUCCACCCAUGGAUCCAGAGUCUAGAACUUUUCUCUCUAAUUACUACCGAGAUCAUAAUGUGGAACUGUCCAAACUGCUACACAGACUGGGGCAGCCUCUGCCGUCAUGGCUGAGACAGGAGCUGCAGAAAGUGAGAUAG